CGGUAACUCGCUGCUGUUGAUGCAAAAGUUAUUCAAUCAGGAGGAAACAGUGCAAUGGUUGGGGACAAUUUUCAGCGUCAGAUUAAGUCAUGUCUUAUUGAAAAGGAGAACAGCUAUCAGUACGUUCAAGCCUCACUUUAUCACACGGACACUGUAUGAAGGCAUGAAUCAUAUCUGGACAUUUGACUGCUGGAUUUCACUACCAACUGGUCUUUAUUUAAAUGGCACAUCACUUCGCUCUGGCUGUGUUCAUCCUGGCCUUCACUGGAUUCUGGAGCAUGUGUGCAGCUGAUGUUGGAGACUUUGCUCCAUGCCUUGAGAGCCUCUAUAGGUCCUGGCCUCCUAAAGGUCUGGUGGGGACCCCGAUCUGCCAACGGUAUCAAAACCAGUACCGCUUUGCCACGCUGUACAGUCGGCCACGCCGCACUCCAUGGUUCUCGGCCUAUUUGUACGCUACACCAGAAGGAAAGAGACCCCACACAUUCUGGAAGUAUGAGCCACAGUUAGCCUACCCAGGAGCUGAUGGAAACAUGCUCUCCUUCCCUCUGGGCCAUCUGGAUCAGAACGUGGUGGAAAGCCAGGGAGUGGAGUUGGACUACAUUAACUCCACCUAUUCUCGUGGACACAUGAACCCCAGCCUCCACCACAAGAGCCACGAGGACCGCGCCUCUACCUUCACCCUGACUAAUGUGGUUCCUCAAAUGGCAGGCUCUAAUGAUGGACCAUGGAAAGCCCUGGAGCAAAACGUCAACAAAACCUUAGGCACCUACUGUCUCGGAGACGCCUACAUAGUGACUGGCAUCAUCCCUUACCAGAGCGACGAGCCCUGGCUCAGGAAUCAUCGUGUAGCCGUGCCUGAGUAUAUUUGGUCCGCCUACUGCUGCCCAAACUACAACAACAGUCUACCAAAAGUACUGAAGGAUGCUUUUCCCACGUAUGCUGCCAUUGGACGCAAUGACUGCAACAGCACAGAGGAGAUUGUGCCAGUAAGCCAGCAGGCUAAGAAACAGUUCAGAGGGUAUGAUGUGAGAACAAUGGCACUGGAAACACUCGAAAUGUAUCUGAAGGACAGAUUCAAAACUGUUGUCAGUGUUUUUUACGAGCAGUGCUCUCAAUCCAACUGAUUUUGCAGACACAAAUACAAAAAAAAAUCAUGUAUUUAAAAUAUUGUUGCUAAUAAACUAAGAAAAUUGCUGAUGCAUUGUUGCACGAUGACCUUACAUUAACGUGUCUUUGAUCAAGAAAAAUGGUGAUUCUUUCUCGGAAACUUUCCACUGGUGAUGGUUUUGUGGAAACAAAUAAUGUUCACCUUUAUGUGUAGCAUUCAUGCUACUUUCAACCUGUUCGCAGUGUAUGUUCAUGUUCUUGCUAACAGUAAGAUGAUUGAUAACCUACCUCUCUCAUUUGUGUCUGUUUAAUAAAUUGAGUUUGGGAGACAGUUGUUUUAGCGUUUAAAAAAGCGGGAGACAGCUAGCCCAGUUCCCUCAAUAAAAAAACAAAACAAACAUCUUUACUUGAUAUUUUUACACUUAGGUUUUCAUCCAGACCAAAUAAAAAACAUACCACACAUUCAUAUUAGAAGUGCAGAUUUGGUUAUGACUGAGCAGAGCCAUGCUAGCAAUUUCCCUCUGUUUCUAGUCUUUAUGCUAAGCUAAGUUUGCUGUAACUUGAUAUUUACUCCAGAUAUGAGAGUGGUAUACAUUUUCUCAUCUAACUCUUGGCAAUAAAGUGAGUUGCUGUGUGUGUAAAUGCUAUAACUUGACCUCAGAUAAUUCAUCUCAACUUAAUAAACUUAACAGAAUGUAUAAACAUUGCUACUUUUUAUAUGAUGUUAUUCCCUUUAUCUGAGUACAUACGUGUGCAUUAAUUCUGAGAAAGGUUUGAAGGUGAGCAUGCUCUGAAUCCUUGUAACCACUAGAUGGUGACUUCGUGCAAACCAUGUCGAUCAUAUGCAGCUUUUGCAGGCUGCACACACUGUAGGGUUUGUUGAAAACUACAUACAAAACCUAAUCAUCUCUGUCUUUCAUCUUAUUAUUUACCUAAUAAUGUCAAAGAUAUUUCGUUUCAUAUUAAAAAAAUAAACUACA